GUACUGGUAGUCUUGUACACUCUCGGAACGUGUAGUACGUAAGAAGAGUGCCCGCCGCCGCCGGCUCACGACUAUAUUCAAACAAACAAACAAAAUAUAAACAGACAGACAGACAUUCUAUUGUGCGUGGUUUGUGUGCUUCAUAGAAUUAAUUAUAAAUACAAACAAUCCGCUAGUCGUUUUUAUACUUUAUACAUAUUUUUGUUGUUUUUAUUUUUGUUUCCUUGUGUCACAUUCGUAAAAGGCUUUGCAUUGCAUAUUUCUGCGCUGUUUUUCGUCGUUUGUUUUUGUUUAUAUCUUUAUUGCCGGCUCUCUUCUCUCCUCAAGCAGAACUCGCAUUUCAUUGUUUUUCUUAUAAAAAAAAACGAACAAUUCGUCUUCAUCUUCGACUUCAUAUCAAAUCAUCUUAAAAGAAAAUCAAAGAAAAAAGAAGAAGAAAUUUAACGAACAAAGCAAACAAAUAAAUAAACGAAUAUUUUUCAAAAAUUAAUAACAAACACAAAAAUAAAUAACGUACUUCUUGCCAAAUAUAUAUAAAUAAUCAAAAUAAUAAUUAAAACUUUAAUUUAUUUUAUUUAUACAUUUCUUUUUGAAUAAAAUACUUGUAAAUAAAAAAAAAUAAUAAUUUAUAUCUACAAAAAUUAACAAAAAGUGUCGUCUUCGUAAUUCAAUUUUUAUCUAAUAAUAUAGUCUGUGUGUGUGCUUUCGUUUUUAUGUUUAAAUCUUCGUCUUUAAAUAUUAUUUUAUUUAAUUGAUAGUAUUAAUUAAUUAAUAGUUAUAGAUUUUAAUAGUACAACACAAUUUCUCACAAUCGAAAACAACAACAAAAAUAAUAGAAAUAGAAAUUAAAAAAUCUAAAAUUCAAAAAGUCGAAAUAAAUAAAAAUCAAAAUCCAAAAAUGUAUAUAAAAAUAUAUCUGUGGUUCGUUUGGUUCGCGUGUGUAUCUUUCCGCGAAAUCAUGUGCGAUGAUCUUGUACCAAUGAUGAUUGGUGGUAACAGCAGUAUUAGUGGCAUUAGCAGUGGCAGCGUAAGUGGCGGAAGCAGCAGCAGUAGCGGCAACACCGGAAUCAGCAAUGGCAUUAUUGGCGGUAUUGGUAGUGGCGGUGUUGUUGUGGGCGGAAGUGCAUCCAUUGGUUAUGUCGGUGGAGGUGGUGGUGGUAGUGUAGGCGGUAUUAGCAGUAGUUUUAAUGAACAUUUUAUAUCGGAACACACCGUUAUGGCAGUGUUUAGCUCAAAUGGCCAAGUACCUGGUCCAUGCAGAUAUAUGGUAGCAACACGUCGCCAAAAUCACCAAUGCCGAAAAGAAUUCGGCUUGCCGGACACAAUUCGGGAAGCUCGACGUUUGGCGAUAUCACACUGUGAGGAUCAAUUCCGUUACGAUCGCUGGAAUUGUUCCAUUGAAAUUCGUGGCAAACGGAAUAUAUUCAAGAAACUCUACAAAGAAACAGCAUUCGUUCAUGCUCUGACGGCAGCUGCCAUGACGCAUUCUAUAGCAAGGGCGUGUGCCGAAGGUCGAAUGACCAAAUGCAGCUGUGGUCCAAGGAAACAAAACAAAGCUAGUCAGGACUUCCAGUGGGGUGGCUGCAAUGACAAUCUCAAGCACGGCAAAAGGGUGACUCGAAGUUUUCUCGAUCUGCGUGGAGGUGAUGGAGAUGAAGUGUCGGAGAUAUUGCGUCAUGAUUCUGAGGUUGGAAUAGAAGCUGUAUCGUCCCUGAUGAAGGACAAAUGCAAAUGCCAUGGAGUUUCGGGUUCAUGUUCAAUGAAGACCUGUUGGAAGAAGCUCUCCGAUUUCAAUGCAACUGCAGGCUUAUUGAGGCAAAAGUAUAACACAGCCGUCCGAAAGGCUCCAAAUAUUAGAAAUAUGCGAAGAGAGGCACCCAGUAGUCGAAUGAAAAAGCCAAAACGAAAAAAACAACAACAAUCACAAUACACAACUUUAUACUAUUUGGAAACAUCACCAACAUACUGUUCGGUGACCAAAGAUCGCCAAUGCUUGCAUCCAGACAAUUGUGCGAAUCUAUGCUGCGGACGCGGCUAUACAACGCGAGUUUUCAAACAAGUGGAGAAGUGUCGAUGCCGGUUUAACAACGGACGCUGCUGCCAACUUAUAUGUGACUAUUGUCAACGCUACGAGGAUAGAUACUUUUGUAAAUAAUUCUUUUUUUUAUUGUAUUUUCAUUCCUAAACGACAAGAAUCUAUAUAUUAUACAGAAAAUAAUUUUCAUAAUACAAACAACACAAAAAAA